AUGGCUGCGUUCAUCAAGGCUGCCAACGCCAAGAUUAGGUCCAACCCAAUGCUGGACUAUGUCUGCUCUACUCACUUCUGGGGACCCGUCUCCAACUUUGGUAUCCCCUUUGCUGCCGUCCUCGACACCCAGAAGAGCCCCGACCUCAUCUCUGGUCAGAUGACGGGUGCCCUGGUCAUCUACUCUGCCACCUUCAUGCGCUACGCCCUGGCCGUCUCGCCACGCAACUGGCUCCUCUUUGGCUGCCACGUUGUCAACGAGGGAGCGCAGCUGACGCAGCUGUACCGCUACGCCUCGUACCAUCACUGGGGCGGAAAGGAGAAGCUGGCUCUCGAGAAG